GGCGGCGAUAGAUAAUCAAAACAAAAGAGGAAGAGGAGAGAAGAAACGCGUUUCUCAAACUGGUUCAAUCUUCUUCUUCUUCAUCUUCAUCGUCUUCUUCUAUAGAGCCUUAACUCUCUCAUUAAAUUAUCAAAUGUCCCUACGGUUUAUGCAAGUGUAGUGCUAUUAAACUAUCCCUUUAUUUUCCCACCCAACCCAAUUUAUUUUCUCAUUCUUUCUCUCUACUCUUCUUCAGAUCUCCCUCUCUCUGUCUUUUUUCUUGUCUAGGCGUGUUUUCUCUACUCUCUGUGUGCUUGGGUUGCUUCGCUUCAUUGCAUCCUUCUCUUUUCUGGGUUCGUUUCAAGUCACGAUUUUUCCGAUACCCUUUUCAUCUUUCUUGCUAUAUUUCACCUCGUUAUAAGUUCUGUGCUGUUUACUUGGUCGUCUCGACCCAAAGUAAGGUUCACCAGUCCAGCUUUUGUCUGAUGUCUGAUGGUGUUCAAUGACUAAAAGUCUUAGGAUAUGAAGGAUUUGACUUUAGGAAUGAGAUUAGAUUGUUUUUAGGGUGCUGUGAUCAGAUCUUGAUGCUAUUUUUUGGUGAAAGAGAUUAAGAGAAGCUUUGGAGUUGUAUUUGGAUGGGUAAUACUUGUGUUGGACCUAGCAGAAAUGGCUUCUUGCAAUCUGUUUCGGCUGCAAUGUGGCGGCCAAGAGAUGGAGAUGAUUCGGCUUCCAUGAGCAAUGGAGAUAUUGCAAGUGAACCUGUUUCAGGAGAGCUUCGAUCUCCAUUCUCUGAUGAUGUCCAGAAUAAACCUCCUGAACAGGUCACAAUGCCAAAGUCAGGAACUAAUAUCGAGACCAAGGACAGAGAGAUUCGACCUGAAAGCAAGCCUGAAGUGCAAGAGGAGACAAUACCUGAGCCCAAACCUGAGCCCAAACCAGAGACCAAACCAGAGACCAAGCCGGAGACCAAGUCAGAGACUAAGCAGGAGGCAAAAGCUGAUCACCCAGCUAAACCUAAGAAGCCUAAACACAUGAAAAGAGUGUCAAGUGCAGGGCUUAGGACUGAGUCAGUGUUGCAAAGGAAGACUGAAAACUUCAAGGAAUUCUAUUCGUUGGGAAGGAAACUCGGACAAGGGCAGUUUGGGACGACUUUUUUAUGUGUGGAGAAGACUACAGGGAAGGAGUUUGCGUGCAAGUCAAUUGCUAAGAGGAAGCUCUUGACUGAUGAGGACGUUGAGGAUGUGAGAAGGGAAAUUCAGAUAAUGCAUCACUUGGCUGGUCACCCAAACGUCAUAUCCAUUAAAGGAGCUUAUGAGGACAUUGUGGCGGUGCACCUUGUAAUGGAGUGUUGUGCAGGUGGCGAGCUUUUUGACAGGAUCAUUCAACGUGGUCACUACACAGAGAGGAAAGCGGCUGAGCUCACUAGAACCAUAGUUGGGGUUGUUGAGGCUUGCCAUUCUCUUGGUGUUAUGCAUCGAGACCUAAAGCCUGAGAAUUUUCUGUUUGUCAGUAAACACGAAGAUUCCCUCUUGAAGACAAUUGAUUUUGGACUCUCAAUGUUCUUUAAGCCAGACGAUAUUUUUACAGAUGUUGUUGGUAGCCCAUAUUAUGUUGCUCCGGAAGUUCUUCGAAAGCGUUAUGGUCCUGAAGCUGAUGUCUGGAGUGCUGGAGUGAUUGUGUACAUUCUGUUAAGUGGAGUUCCUCCAUUCUGGGCUGAAACCGAACAAGGUAUCUUCGAACAGGUCCUCCACGGUGAUCUUGACUUUUCAUCAGAUCCUUGGCCGAGCAUAUCUGAAAGUGCAAAAGACUUAGUGAGGAAAAUGCUUGUUAGGGAUCCCAAGAGAAGGUUAACUGCCCACCAAGUAUUAUGUCAUCCAUGGGUACAAGUCGAUGGUGUGGCUCCAGACAAACCUCUGGAUUCUGCUGUUCUGAGCCGUAUGAAGCAAUUUUCUGCAAUGAACAAGUUCAAGAAAAUGGCUCUUAGAGUCAUUGCUGAGAGCUUAUCCGAAGAAGAAAUAGCUGGGUUGAAAGAAAUGUUUAAUAUGAUAGAUGCGGACAAGAGUGGUCAGAUAACUUUUGAAGAACUGAAAGCAGGACUAAAACGAGUAGGGGCGAAUCUUAAAGAGUCUGAAAUUCUCGACUUGAUGCAAGCUGCUGAUGUGGACAACAGUGGAACAAUAGACUACAAAGAGUUCAUAGCUGCAACAUUGCAUCUAAACAAAAUAGAGAGAGAGGACCAUUUGUUUGCAGCCUUUACAUACUUUGACAAAGAUGGGAGCGGCUAUAUCACCCCAGACGAGCUUCAACAAGCUUGUGAGGAGUUUGGCGUUGAGGAUGUCCGCAUUGAAGAACUGAUGCGCGACGUUGAUCAAGACAAUGACGGGCGAAUAGACUACAACGAGUUUGUGGCUAUGAUGCAAAAAGGAAGCAUCACAGGAGGUCCUGUGAAGAUGGGUCUAGAGAAAAGCUUUAGCAUUGCUCUUAAACUCUAGUUUCAGUCUAUUUAAAAGUACAAAACUAAAGCCAAGACAAAGAGAUUUCUGAUAAGAUAUGAUGAUUUGUUGAAGACAAAUGCACAGCCAAGAUUCUCUUUUGCCCUCUUUUGGAUUCUCAAUCUUUUGGAUGAGGUUUUUGUCGUCUUAGACUUGUUUUGAAAACUUUGUUGUAAUGUGUACUUCUUGAGCAUAUAUAGUCUUCUUCUAACA